AUGCUCGGCUCAAUCUUCAUGACCGCGCCUCUGCUUCUUGCAAGCGCUUUGGCUGCCCCAGGAUGGGGAAACUGGGGACAAAACUGGGGUCCAAAGGGUCCAGCUGUUCCAUGCCUCAACGACGCUGAGGUUUCGGCCAUCGUCGCCGACUACACCUAUCUCCUCCGAUUCCCACAAGGCGCCAACUUCACUUCAAUUGCCAAUGCGCGUCUGUCAGACAAGUUUUUCGUGUCGUCCGACUCGAUCAACACUCUCGCUGGUAUCCCUCUCGGUGUGAACGCCUACCCAAGCAAACAGGCUUUCAUCGGCGGCCAGGCCACCACUCCUGCCAUCCCACAGCUCGCCACUCUCGGCUAUUUCUACACCUGCGACCAGAUCGCAUGGAGAUGGAAUGCUACUGCUAUUGGUAGCGGCAAGUACGAAGUCAAGGGCAUAAUCACGUUCGAUGUCAACGCAACCACAAACCAGAUUAAUGCUGUCUACUCCGAGUUCAACUCGGCAGCUUGGCUCAGCAACAUUGGCAACCCAGAGUGCCAGAAGAAGUAA